CGGGAACCUCGUUAUCUGCAUUAUGGCUAUUCUCACCGCAGUUGAUGGACAUUACUCCCCUACCCCCCGGACAUUAGUGACAAUGGUAUUGUCAAAGCCUGUCGAGGUGUCGCUAUAUCCGAGACCAGUGAAAUUCUCGGCACACACUGUCGACAUGGCGACUUAUCCAGUACCGGCGACACUCUCGCAAGGCACUGUCGACGCGGCGACUUAUCCAGUACCGGCGACACUCUCGCAAGGCACUGUCAAUAUGGCGACUUAUCCAGUACCAGCGACAGUUUCGCAAGGCACUGUCGACAUGCCGGCAUCUUCAAUAGCAACAAAUGCAGUCGAGACGCCAUCUGCUGUAGGGACGCCAUAUACUGUUGGGACGCCACUUGCUGUCGGGACACCAUCUCCAGUAGGGACACCACUUGCUGCCGGGACACCAUCUCCAGUAGGGCCGCCAUUUCCAAUAGGGACGCCAUUUCCAGUAGGGAACCCACCUGCAGUAGGAACGCCAUUUGCAGUAGGAGCGCCAUUUGCAGACGGGUCACCAUUUGCAGCCGGAACACCAUUUGGCUCAGGUAUGAAUUUGUCUCCCUCAUCUAACCCAGCCUUUUACUAAAAAACCUCGUCAGAAAACUUCCAAGCCCAGACCACAACCGCUCCCGAAGCCCUCAUCACUCCAGCGGCUUCCGUGCUCAACAUAACAGUAGAAGUCGCCUCCACGCCCAUUUUCGAAACCUCAUGCGAAAACCUGCCCGGCAUGAUACUCGCAUACACGACAAUAUUCUACAGCACAACGAAUAUCACCGCUGCAGCAUAUAGUCACCCGGCCUCGAGCAGAGUUUGUCUCGUUAACUUGGGCAUGACCAUCUCACAGAAAAGUUUGCCGCCCUCCACCCUAACGCACACGGUGCACUGGUCUGCCGAGUAUGUGGUCAAUGUCGACGAACAAACCUCUGGUCGUACGAAUAUCUUUCCGGAUCCAAAGGCAUCAGGGAUGAAACCUCAGUACAGCAGUACUUCACAAGGCAGCUCGAAAACCGGUUCUCUGAAUACGACUUCGACGGCAGCUUCUGGCGGCAGCGCUUCGGGAUCGCAGAGUGGAGACAAUGGAGUUGGGUCAGGGCCUCAGAGCACAUCGAUGAUGAAGUAUCAGGAGAUCGCCGUUACUUCAUCAGCGCAAGGUAGCUCGGAACAUGUCCUAGGUGCAGCAGGUGGAUCUGCAAGUGCUGCUCCGUACGAAUCUGCAAAUGCUGCUCCGCACGAAUCUGCAAGUGCUGCUCCGUACGAAUCUGCGAGUCCUGCUUCGUACGCAUCUGCAAGGCCUGCUCCGUACGAAUCUGCGAGUCCUGCUUCGUACGCAUCUGCAAGUCCUGCUUCGUACGAAUCUGCAAGUCCUGCUUCGUACGGAUCUGGAAGUCCUGCUUCGUACGGAUCUGGAAGUCCUGCUUCGUACGGAUAGACGACUUCGUUGAAUCAAAAUCAAAACUACAUGUGUCUUGCCAUUAACGAAGCGUUCUUCUUCUUCAGAAUCUUCAGAGUCUUCUUCUUCAGAGUCAACACCGCGAUAGCCCCAAGCACGCCAACCAGCUCUAAUGGCGCGAUACUGGCGAGACGACUGGCACUAAU